CUUGUAGAGUAAGCUCUCAUCAUAAACCCUUUCGAUUGUUUUCUUCUUUUCCAUCUUUAUAUUUAUCUCCGUUGUGUAGAACCCGCUAAAAUCCUCUGAUUCUGCCUCACUGUACAGUCGUUACUCUAGAAGCCUUCUUUUUUAAUUUCUUCAAUCUUUGGUUUUUUUUCACGAAGUCUGUAACGAACACUUCUGGGUUUUCCUUUACGAGUAUUUGGGUUUAAGUUUUAUGGGUAGCAAUUGAACAAAAAGAUGGACUUAACGGUACCUGCACAACAGCAUUAUGGAGGGUUUUCGUCUUCAAACUGUGUUCAGAAGGAGAACGCAAAGAUAAUUGGUUUUGGGUGUAGAGUUACGGUUAGUGUUCAUUAUGACUUCAGUUUAAGCAGAAGUGGUUCUCUGGUGAAGGGUUUUCCAGGGUACAAGACUUGUUGUUGUGCUUUAUCUGCCGAUAAUGAGGUGAGAAAACCUGAUAGGCAUCGAAAGAAAAACAGGAAUCGGGUUCUAGCGGUUUCAAAGGUGGAAUCUAUUAGUUCUAAUGGUAGACUACCGAGCCUAACCAGAACCCCUAAUGGACAUCCGGGCAACGGGCACACCUCUAUGGUGCCACUUCAUUCUUCCUGCAGUUCUGAGGAUUUUGAGAGCAACAAUCAACUUCGUCGCUUUGUUAGAAAUGGAGAACUGGAGGAAGGGUUCAAGUUUCUGGAGAACAUGGUCUAUCAUGGUGAUAUUCCAGAUAUAAUCCCGUGUACCAGUCUAAUUCGUGGGUUCUGUCGUGCUUGUAAGACUAAGAAGGCAACUCGGGUUCUGGAGAUUCUGGAAGAGUCUGGUGCUGUUCCGGAUGUUAUAACCUACAAUGUCUUGAUUAGUGGGUACUGCAAGUCAGGGGAGAUUGAGAAUGCUCUACAACUCUUGGAUAGAAUGAGUGUCGCUCCAGAUGUUGUUACAUAUAACACAAUCCUGCGUAGUUUAUGUGAUAGCGGAAAACUGAAACAAGCAAUGGAAGUUCUCGAUCUCCAGUUGCAGAAAGAGUGCUAUCCUGAUGUUAUCACCUAUACCAUUCUGAUAGAAGCAACUUGUAAGGAGUUUGGAGUUGGGCAGGCAAUGAAGCUGUUGGAUGAAAUGAGGAGUAAGGGAUGUAAGCCCGAUGUGGUUACUUAUAAUGUUCUCAUCAAUGGAAUUUGCAAGGAAGGAAGAUUGGAUGAAGCAAUGAAGUUCCUGAAUAAUAUACCAUCAUAUGGUUGCCAGCCUAAUGUGAUUACACACAAUAUCAUCCUGCGUAGCAUGUGUAGCACAGGAAGGUGGAUGGAUGCUGAAAAACUCUUAGCUGACAUGAUUCGCAAAGGUUGUUCUCCUAGUGUUGUUACCUUCAAUAUCCUUAUCAACUUCUUGUGUAGGAGGGGUUUAUUGGGCCGAGCAAUUGAUAUCUUGGAAAAGAUGCCAAAACAUGGCUGCAUUCCCAAUUCCCUAAGUUACAACCCGUUGCUUCAUGGGUUCUGCAAAGAAAAGAAAAUGGAUCGGGCAAUCGAGUACUUGGAAAUAAUGGUAUCUCGAGGGUGUUAUCCAGAUAUUGUAACCUACAACACACUGCUUACAGCUUUGUGCAAAGAUGGGAAGGUUGACAUUGCAGUUGAGCUACUUCACCAGCUAGGUAGUAAAGGUUGUUCUCCAGUGUUGAUUACAUACAAUACAGUUAUCGAUGGGCUCUCAAAGAUGGGAAGUACAGAUCAUGCUGUGAAGCUACUAGGUGAGAUGCUGGCAAAGGGUCUUCGUCCUGAUAUAAUCACCUACUCAUCACUUGUGGGUGGUCUUAGUAGAGAAGGCAAGGUUGAUGAGGCAAUUAAGUUUUUCCAUGAACUUGAGAGAUUAGGGAUCAGACCCAAUGCCAUUACUUACAAUUCUGUCAUCUUAGGCCUUUGUAAGUCUCGCCAAACUGACCGUGCUAUAGACUUUCUGGCCUACAUGGUGUCUAAGGGGUGUAAACCCACUGAAGCAACAUACACCAUCCUCAUUGAAGGUAUAGCUUAUGAAGGUUUGGCAAAGGAGGCUUUGGAAUUAUUGAAUGAGUUGUGUGCUAGAGGAGUUGUGAAGAAAAGCUCAGCACAACAUGUAGCAGUCAAAAUGUAGGGUUGAAGAUGAGCUAUUUUGAGUUCUAUGAUUUUUCAUUCCCACAAGUCCUAGCUUGUGAUUUGUUCAACUUUCCACCACAGUGACAUGAAAAGCAUCUGAAACAUUGAAUUUUUUUUGGCAUCGAGCUUCUUUUUGCUUGUCAUAACAACCGUAAAUGAAAUUCAAGUUUGAUAGAUAUUUUAUGUAAACACUGCCUUUAACUUACUAGUUGUACUUUACAGCUCAAAGAAUGUUCAAGAAAUUCAUCUUUUCCUUU